AUGACUUCUCUCACAGGAACAGGGACAAAUUUUUCAAGCAGUUCUACAAAUUAUGAUACUGUUGCACCAAUCUCAAUGGUAUUUGCACUCGUUGCUAUAGUUCUCUCUAUUUUGAUAUUAAUAUUAGUUAUUUCAACCAAACAACUGCAUACAGUCAGUCACUUGUUAACCUGUAACACGUGUAUAGCAUCAAUCUUGUACUGUAUUGUUCAAUGUAAUAAUUAUAUUUAUCUGCUAUUCGUUAAAUGGAACAUAAGUGAUGAAUCUUGCCGGUGGCGGGGUUAUUUUGGAUACACAUCUAUCGUUGCUGUUAUUUAUUCAUACCUUUUACAAGCCAUAUCGAGAUUGUUCUUUACCAUUCUUUCCAUUAAAUAUCGCUGGAUAGUUUCGUUCAGAGUGCAUUUCUAUUUGAUUUUCAUUGGCUGGAUCAUUGUAUUUCUUGUCCCAUUACCAGCAAUUAUGACCAAAGAUAUUUAUUACCGUCAAGGUUUUCUUUGUUGGGUACCAAAGCGAUUUAUGUUACACGUUAUUUACACGAUUAUAAUGUAUUAUUUACUACCGAUCGUAUUAAUUAUUGUGAUUUACAUUUUGAUUUACAAACGAGUACAUUCACAUGCUAAUAAGAACUCAAUUGUACUAGAUCAAAGAAAACGAAAGAAUCUCGAUUUGACAGUCUUUCGCAAGAUAAUGAUUUUGCUUAGUAUUUACGUACUCGGAGCAGUACCUUCGUUAUUCUAUAUGUUAACAAACGUGGAACUCUUUUAUUCGAUCGGAAUUGUAAGUGUUUCAUUUACAGUUAUGGUUGAGAAACUUGUUUCAUUACUUAUCGAUCGAGAUAUUCGAGAUGUUCUCAAAAAAUGUCUAUUCUUUCGAACUAAUCAAGUUACACCGAUCGCACCCAAAUAA